AUGCAAGCCUCUCCCUCGCCUAGCUCUGCGGAGAAACGAGGAUCCGAAUCUGCCAGGUCAUCCUAUGCUAGAUCCACGUUGCUAGCACUACCUGCCGAGCUUCAGUACCAAAUUCUGUCAUACCUACCGAUUCAGGACCAGCUUUCUGCGGCGAAGAUAUGCUUUCUUUGGAAGGAUAUUGUUCUAAAUGACAAGGCGAUACAGCAAACGCGGUAUGGCUAUUCGUCCUCUUCGGUUGUUUGCGGUCAUAUUUUUACGAGUGCUUGGAUCGAGGACAGUAGCAAGCCGGCUUUUAGCUUUAUGGUUCAAAAUGGGGUUAUUAAGCGUUUUCGUUAUCCAUACGAGAUACAUGAGUCCAGUGAAGGGUCCCAAAUGAUAUUGUAUAAAGAUAUGACAGGAGAGACUCUACCGAAAUUUGAUGGAGAUAUAACGGAUUGCAUAUUUCUUGACGAACCAUUAUUUACACCGUUUCCGACGAGCACCCCCGCGCGUUUCAGAUUCUGUGAAGAUAGCGACCAAACUCCUUUGUUAACAAAGAAGCUACUACAGUUUACUGGUAAUGAAGAAGCCGAGGAAGGAUCAUACGCUUGGUACCACCUCUACUAUUACGAGACUAGGGAGGAUGAAGCUGGGACUAAAACUAGGACUUUGUUGGAUCCAGAAAUGACGAUCAAAGAAUCUGAUAACUUUGUUAUCACCACGUCUUUAAACAUCUUUAGUACAGAGGGUGAAUGGUCGGGCGAUCUGUGGGAUGCGAAAGUGAACCCACGGAAGGGAACAAGCGUACGAGACAUUCUGGAGGCGGUUUUGGUGGAAACUGAACCAAUUAUACGGGAUUUGGGCAUCAAAACAGAGAAUUUACAUGAGACUUUCUGCAUGGGAUUUCAAAUAGCUAACAACAUAUGGUCGUUGGCAUUUGGAGUCAUAGCGGAUGACGCGGAUACAGACUACACUUGGAAAUAG